AUUCAAGGUUCAGACAAGGAAUCCGGCUGGCGACCCGGAACUCUCGGCCGGCAACGACGUCUCCUAAUCUCAUUCCCAUUCCCAUUCCCAUUCCCGAGCCGGACGGACAGCCAUCCGGAUAGACCUGCCCUAUCUGGAUCGAGGGGUCGGUGUCCAGAUGCCAUUGUGAUGAGAACCAGGAGCUGGUGAUUGGUGCUUUUCGUCCCGUCUAGUGCGGGGUCUGGUAUCAAACGACAGGACUGAAGGUGUGAUAGGGAAGUCGCGCGAGUGCGUUGAGGCUUGGGAUGGAAGAGAAGAGUGGGAAGUGGGAUACUUUGAGUCUGUUUGUUAAGAGUGGAAAGGUUUAUAUGUUCAGAGUUUUACAAUCGCUUUGUCGCGACGAUAAGACCAUCUUGUUGAGUAUCACGAUGCCGACUCUAGCUAUGCUUGGUGAAGACAAGUUCCUCCCUGGGAUCAGCAACCAGUUUGCCUUCAUCGGCGUUGCUGUCGUUGUUAUCUAUGCGAUUUACUAUUUCUCCACCUCAACAGAUAUCCCCUAUAUCAAAGGCAUUCCCGAGAUCCCUGGCGCCAUCCCUAUCGCAGGCCAUCUCCUCGCCUUGGGCGAAGAUCAUGCCACAGUUUGCGAAUCCUGGUGGCGCAAAUACCGAACCAGCGUAUAUCAAAUACGUCUAGGAAACACACGUGCCGUAGUGUUCAACUCCUUUGAAGAUGCGAAGCGUAUGCUUAUUGGCCAUCAAUCAGCCUGUAUUGACCGUCCAACCUUGUACACCUUCCAUGGUAUUAUCAGCAGCACGCAAGGCUUCACGAUCGGAAGUAGUCCAUGGGAUGAGAGUUGUAAGAACAAGCGGAAGGCUGCCGGCCAGGCGCUGGGCCGUGCAAAAGUCAAGGAGUACUUCGAUAUGUUCGAUUUGGAGUCGUAUUGCAUUGUUCGAGACUUGGCGAGAGAUUCGAAGAAUGGAAGUGUCGAGAUCUCGGUUCGGCCAUACAUUCAGCGAUAUGCUCUGAACACUACUCUUACUCUGUGCUAUGGCAUUCGCAUGGACAAUGUAUACGACAGCAUGUUGAGAGAGAUCCUAUAUGUUGGCUCGGCUAUCUCUCUCCUGAGAAGUGCAAGCGAGAACUACCAGGAUUACAUCCCGAUCCUCAGGUACUGGCCUAACAACGAGAAGAACAGACGAAGCAAGGAGUUACGUGAUAGAAGAGACAAGUACUUGAACGCUCUACUUGACCAGGUCCGGGAAAUGAUUCGCAAGGGGACGGACAAGCCUUGCAUUUCCGCUGCCAUCCUGAAGGACGAAGAAACCAAACUUUCAGGUGUAGAGGUUAGCAGUAUCUGUCUCUCACUCGUAUCAGGUGGAUUUGAGACUAUUCCCGGAACCCUCACUUCUUGCAUUGGCUCUCUAUCAACGCCUGCAGGUCAGAUCUUCCAAGAGAAGGCCUAUGCAGACAUCAAGCGCCAUUAUCCUGAUAUCAGAGAUGCCUGGAGGAACAGUUUCCAGGAGGAAAAGAGUCCUUACCUUAAAGCAAUCAUUACUGAAGCGGCGAGAUUCUACACUGUCUCAGCAAUGUCGCUGCCUAGGAAGACGGUCACCGAUGUGAUGUGGGAUGGAGCGAAGAUUCCGGCUAAGACUAUGAUCCUGAUCAAUGCACAGGCUGCAAAUCAUGACGUCGAUCAUUUCGGACCCGACGCCGCAACCUUCAAUCCAGAGCGCUGGCUCACCUCAGACGGCACCCUCGACCCCGCCGCCGAAAAAGCCAGCACUGGGCUCCAACACCUUUCCUUCGGUGCCGGUUCUCGAGCCUGCAGUGGGCAAAUCAUCGCCGUUCGCCUCCUCUACACAGCACUCAUGCGUAUCAUCUGCAGCUACCGUAUCGUAGCCAGCGAGACCGAGCCGCCGAACACGGACUAUGUAGACUACAACCAGUUCAAGAGCGCACUCGUAGCAAUCCCUAGAGACUUCAAAGUCCGUCUGAUUCCUAGAGAUGGGAUGGAGGGUGCCAGUGAAGAAGGUACUUUGGACGCUUGUCUUGAAGAGGCUAGGUCGAGAACAGCGGACUAUUAUAAGGAAGAGGAGGGCGUGAAGAUCUAGGAUGUCUUGAUGGCUUGAUGAUGAUCGUGAGAAGUAAGGCUGGCUCGUGUUUUGAUUGGAAUUGAGAUUUUGGUAACAUGGUUGAUUGGUUGAUUCUGCAAACGCCGUAGCCUUGCAUGAGGCGGUCAUCGAAUUGUUGGUAAAUCGCCCCCAAACACCAUCUUCACCAGCCAAGUUGUUCUAUUACCCUAGUAAGAAUGCAUAUUACCCCUCUUCUCC